AAUGGUGACACUAAAAGUGUUUUUCAUUAAUACAUCACCUCGGCUUGCUCCUGUUAAUUAGUCACCCGCCAGUUAGCAACGAGUAGUUGCUUGGGAGGCACUAUAAACGCCGUCUAGUUUAAUAUUUGACUAGCUCCAACAUCUACAACAAAACUGAAUCUCACUGAACCACUUCAAAAUGGCUAACGUUACCGCACUCAGCAACGGCAUUGACGCUUUGCGCGGAAAUCUUGAUCAGUUCUUUUUGGUGAUCAUGGGAUGCCUCAUUUUCUGUGAGUAUAUUAUUUUAGAUAGCAUUGUCAAUUUUUUUCCCCUUAUUUUGCUGAUACCUUGUGUGUUGCGCGAAAGGUAUGUAAAAAUUUUGAAAACUAGAAUCUCUGUUUGCAAAUUAAACUUGAUUCCUCCAUCAAGUGGGGGAAAGAAGCCGGCUAAAAUUUACGCAACGACUUCCGCACGCAUCAAAACAUACUUCCUGAGGAAUGAGAAGAACGUGUGUAAUUAGAUCUUCACCGGGUUUUUAGAGAUGUAUGUCCUGAACAACUGGAUGUAGCAGAAAUUACCUCUGACUAAUGCAUCAAGGAUUCCCUUUGUUAGUAGACAUACACCAGUGUAUUAAACAUGUAUAAUAGCACAAUCGUACACUGUUUUUUCAGCAUUUACAUAAUUUUGACGAGUUAGCGCAAACAAUCGCACUGUUUUCACGAGUACUAUGAAAUUAGUAAAACCACGUAGAUUGCAGGUGAUACAGUGAAACAGACGGAGAUAUAUAGCCUCGGAGAGUCUAAACAUUCUGUAGACGUAUGUAGUAUAGAAGAGGGCAAUUAAGUUUGUGCCCUCAACCACGUAAAUGUGGCGAAUUAUUGAGCCAUACCUCGUCAUUUGAUAUUUCACGAAGCUCUUUCAAGCAAAAUCAGAGUAUAUAACCCAGUGCUUACAUGAAGAUGUCUAAAGAUAAGUAAAAUCGCUAAAGGGUCUGCAUUGAAAAGCAACAUUGACGUAAGAGGUCAGAUGAACAACAAGCAUAACGAGAGCCCGAAGCGAAGUUAUUUUCAAACACACUCUUAAAAGCUAUCUCUUUGAGAUCUCAAACGUGACACUUCAACCCUGAGUUUAAGGAAAGAACGACUGCUGUCAAAAAUGAUUAUCACAGUUAAAAGAAAAUUCUCCGAGAUGAUUGGGAUUUUACUCACAAACGGAUCCCGACCAUUUCUUAUUUGCAUAAACAGCGUGGUUGUUUACAAUCGCACAUCCUUCGAAUUAAAUGUCUCAGCGACAAACAUUGAUCUAAUUUAAGGGUCUAAACUACCAAUAUGAAAAGCUAUGACACACUCUGCAGACUCAAAAAGUGUCAAAAAUUGUUCCCGGUACGAAAUAAAUGUUGCUUUCAGCCAUUAAUGUUAAAAGAAUGUCGGGUGAAAUUCCGGACUAAAAUGACUUAAAAACAAAAAUAAAAGAAUUGAGUUUAGAAUUCCUUACAUUUCAGUACAAAAAAAUAAUCUUAAUAAUGGAAGGAGGAAUAAGUUAAGAUAACCAGAGGAAAUGGGAAACUUGACUUCAGUUCAACUACUUAAAUUAGCCAGAAUUAAUUUUUCCCCUGAUAAUAGCACUAUUGAAGAUUGAUCAGUUUCAAUAUAGUUAUGAAAUCAUCUGUUAUGGUUUUCUCAGUUCAAAUAAAAAGUCAUUAUUUUACUGAGUUAGCGCCUUGAAUAAAUGUGGUGGGAUAUUGGUAAAGUAAAUUAAGCCUGCAUAUUUAUCUGUUUAUCACCACUGCGAAAUGAACACCUGUCUACAGAACUUAAAACUGUUUGCUUUAUCAGUAGAAAGGAAAGCCAAAACGGACUUGUUGAAUUGGAAUUAUGUUGGAAGUACCAGAGGCAAACCUUUUUCAUGGAUGCAGCAUGUGCACUAAGCACUUCUGCCUUUUUCAUCAAUGUAUAUUUGUUUAAAUUUUCAAGUCUCAAUUAAAAAACAAUUAACAUUUCUGAGUUCUUAAUGGAUAUAUGAACUCUCCUUAUCUCAGAAAGCAUCUACAAAAUUCUCUUUUUUCCUUUGUGCACCAGCUAAUAGAAUUCUUUACGGUUUUGAAAAUUUUGAGAUACAAAACAUUGACUGUUCCAACCAGAAAUGGUGAUUAUGCCAGCCGACUGAUUGCAGAUACUGUAUUUUUGAUGCUUAUUCACUUUGCCAUUUACUGCUCUGUUAAUAAGCUACAAAGUAAAAGUUUUCUUUACUGGGCAUAAUUAUCAUUAGUUUCUCACUUUUUACUCCAGCUUUAGGGGUUAAGGGUUAGAGUAGGCAUGAAAAAAUGAAGCGACCAAAAAAAUCGUAUGUUUUAUGGAUCAAAACCGUUGGAAAACUUGCGUUAUGUUGGGAGAGCCAGUUUUGAGUACAAGUUCGAGCAAAAUGGUAGGUAAAUUGGGUUCCAGGUUUGAUUCAAUUUGCUAAAUUGAUAGAAUCAUAAACACGAAUAAAUGAUUGGUAUGUCAAUAAUUUAAUUUUAUUAAGAAAUGCUUCACAUUACUGAAAGCCGGUGUACGAUAAAGAGAAUGAUGGUCUGUUACACAAGUACUACAUCAGAUUUGUUUUCAGUGUAAAGAUACUGGAAACAUUUCAAGUUCGUUAACUCACAUAUUAACUUAAAGUCUGCUGACAUUCAUUCAAAAUCAACAUCUUUUAUGUCUUAUCAUGACCUUGAGUAUAAUCAAAUCGUGGUCAGAGGCAAUGCUUUUGUUUGGCGAUUGAAAACAACAAAACAGUCUUAAGUGUUUAUUUAAGAUGCACUGAGCUGGAACAACUAAUGAAAAUCAUGAAAUAGAUGAAAAACAUAUCAAGAAACCCAGGUAUAUAUAAAAAUAUUGGAUGAAAACACCGAGAAAAAAUUUACGAUCCGUUUUUUUUAAAAGACCGAUACGAGCUUUUACUUUGUAACGAUGUACCGAAUAAGUGGAACUCUGUUUAUUUGAAUCUAAUUUUAGAUUCACGGCGUUUUUGGAGUCUCAAUUAUCCAGAUCAGUAGUCUCGUACUCUUAGCCGAAAGUUCGAGAAACUAACUAAAAGCAGACAUCAAUUUCAAAAUGCAUACUAUUUUUCCCUUUCAUCUCUACCUUUACCCAACUGUCUCUGUUUUCUUCUUAACAAAGAGUACUUUUCCUCCGCAAGUGAAAAUUUACACCUAAUCAUGUUUUUGCUGGUGUCCUUUCUUUCCUUCUUUCUUUCUUUUUUUUUUUUUUUUCAACGGUUGUCGUUUGUAGUUGAAAACGAAAAAGAUAUGAUCUCUACUUCUCCUUUCGAAAGCAUAUUUAUAACGAUGGUUUAUAUUCAUUCCUCAUUCUGAUUUAACUUGUGAUUAUUUCAGUUAUGCAGGCAGGAUUUGCAUUUCUUGAGGCUGGGUCAGUGAGAUCAAAGAACACAACAAACAUCCUCAUCAAGAACGUUCUAGACGUAUGUAAGUAGUGACUAAUUUUUCGUAGGUAGCUUUAGAGAACGGGUCCAACGAUUAAGUAAGAGAGCUGGAAACUGGGAUUACAGUACUUAUUUUGCAAACAAUUUCGUCAUAGAACAGAAAAAAAAAAAUGAUUUCUUGGCACUUGCCGUCCUAUUGCUAUCCACUGAAUUGCUUUUUGUUUAUUUUGGUUUACUUCAAACAGUUAUUGGUGCAGUGGCUUAUUGGUUGUUCGGUUACGCUUUUGCCUUUGGAGGAAAAAGCAAUGGCUUUAUUGGACAUGAGUAUUUCGCGCUGGCAAAUUUACCAGCUGACAAAUACUCUCACUGGUUUUUUCAUUUCGUUUUCGCGGCCACAGCAGCAACAAUUGUCAGUGGUGCCAUGGCAGAGAGAACUGAAUUUAAAGCCUAUCUUAUUUACUCAAUGUUUUUGACCGGUGAGUGCAGGACUAGUUGUUUUCAAGUCGUAGGGUUCGUUAGAUAACGAGGAUACACAUCUUUAAAUCGACUGCUUAAACAAAACUUGAGAGCAGGUUUUUGGUAAACUAAUUGUCUGGGUAGCCUUCUUUUAAAAACUUUAAAAUGUAGAUACAGUAGCACUGUUGAGGAACCGUAGCACCAGUUAAGAUGACGCUCUUUUUUGCAGGAUUUUUGUACCCAGUAGUCACUCACUGGGCUUGGGAUGGAAAUGGUUGGCUGUACAAGGGUGCGGAGUACACUGACGGCAAUGUAACCUUAUCUGUAACAUACCAGGUAAACCACUGAAAAUCUGAAAUGUCCAUUCACUGAAAUCGCACAAUUUGGUUGAUAAAAUGUGCAAAGUUUGUGUUCCAAAACAUAACGUAACACAAUUGGUAUGGGAUCUGAACAGGGGUUAAACAGAGUUCCACUGACUUGCAAACUUCACCGACUGAGCCCUUUUGUAUUAUUUUAGGACUUUGCUGGAAGUGGGGUUGUCCACGCAGUGGGUGGAAUGGUUGCUCUGGUCGGUGCAGCUAUCGUGGGGCCCAGAAUCGGACGUUUUGAUGGUGGUGCACCAGUGCUACUGGCAGGACAUACUGUACCGGUAAGAAAACUUUCAUCUUCGCAUAUUUUAGGGAAAUAUUCUAUCUUUUGGACUUUCUGUCUUGUAAGUAGUGUUUGAGAAGUGGAAUCUGUCUCUCUUUGUAAUUUCAUAGAAAGCAGCUCUGGGAGGAUUCAUCCUGUUCUUUGGUUUCCUGGCAUUCAAUGGUGGCUCCCAAGCAGCCAUCGCUAAUGAAGGCGAUGCUGAUGCUGUAGCAUUAUCCAUAGUCAACACCAUCCUCGGAGGUGAGCCAGACUCCACUAAAUCUUCCAUGAUUUCUUUUCUUUUCAUUGCUUAUAGAAAAAAUGCAUAUAGUCCUCUUCUAUCAUUCAGGAGCCGCAGGUGCUCUUACUGCCAUGAUUGUCAAACGCCUGGGCUUUGCAGAAAAGUACUGGAGUUUGCUUUUCACCAUUAAUGGCGGACUAACUGGAAUGGUAAGGGAAACAGGUUGGGAUUGUAUUCGGUCAGUUCUAGACAAAGUCUUCUGACAACACUGUUUUGCCCCACUCACGAUUGAGUGGUCCAGAAUUAGGCCUCUGAUCUUGAACAAGACAUGUUACUCUCUGCAAACUUUUCUCUGUUGUUUAGGUUGCAAUGUGCGCAGGUUGUAAUGCCGUUCAUCCCUAUGCUGCUUUGAUCAUUGGAGUCAUCGCAGGAUUGGCGUACGUGGCUUGGAGUACUUCCAUGCUGCGGCUAAAAGUUGAUGACCCUUUAGAUGCUGUGGCUGGUAAGUGACCAACCAUUAAGCACAUGAAAGUUCGCUUACUAUUCUUACGUUUUAACAAAAUGAAGUCGUUAGUAGAAGCUGUGAUACCCUCAGUGUUAGUAUAACUAGCAUUGUCAUGGGCUGCCGUGCCACCAAAACCUGUACGAACAGAGGCAGAAAAAUGAUUGUAUAAGCAAAACCAGUUAAGACUACCGUAGCCCAAAAGGUGACUUUACAGUAGUACGGAAGUUGUAGUCACAACAGGUUAGUCAGUCACCAAGGUAGCUGAUAGAGAUUUAGGGGAAUUGCCCUUGUUUAGCUCCUUUUGAAGAGUAAAUGUACUAGGGAAGUAAAGCUGCUGCAAUCCAAAUGCAAGCAAAGCAAACUUUUUAAGUAUUUUUAUUUCUUUUCAACAGUUCAUCUUGGUGGUGGCCUGUGGGGCGUACUUUCUGUCCCCAUCUUUAACAAGGAAUCUGGAAUAUUUGUAAAAGGAAACGAGCUUGCAUUCCGUGCGUUUGGCUGGAACUUGCUGGGUGUACUUGUCAUCAUAGCCUGGUCUGCAGCGUGGGCUAUCAUUUUAUUCUUUGCUUUGCAUCUCCUCAAACAACUUCGCGUCAGUGAAGAAAUCGAGUUGAAAGGUAAAUACUUUCACUGCAUUAAACUUAAGAAAAAGAUUGAAUAGAAAAAUGGCGGCCUUGUCUUGAAUAAAUUUGAUGAAUUACGUUUCUGAGUGGAGUAAAUAUUGAAGACGAGUGCUUCCAUGUUAAACGUGUAGAAUGGUAUUGGAUUGUAUAUCGUGGUACCAACUUUGAUCAAUAUGAUUCUUUAACAUGAUGAUAUUUCACCAUUUCGUCAACAUUUAGGAUUCCUUCUGCUUUCCUUAGGUCUCGAUAUUCCCAAACAUGGUGAGCCCGCAUACCCACUGUCCAGUUACGGAGAUGGAUGGUCAGAAUCUCCAUCAGCGCCUCGACACAAUUUCCCGUAUUACCAAACGAAUGGCGCUCCCCAGACUGAGGAAGUCAGACCUAAUCAGGAAGGUGGUGUUCAUAAUCCCGCCGUUGUCAACGACAAAGACACUCAGUUUUGAUGUUGAUCAUGGAAAUAUUGAAGUGUAAGGCUUUCGUUAACAAUUUCGCAGCUUCUAAAUUCAAGUGCCAUAUUUCGGUGGCAAAUAAGAAUCCACUCAAAAUUUUCGACUAUCAUCCAGGUGAUAUAUCUUCACUGCAGUGCAUUUAAUCUGUGAAACAUAUUUUCACGGACCGCUUGAUCAUUGGUAUCAAGAUAAAUUCUAAUAAAUUCGAUAUAUAUCAGCAGACUGAAAAUAGUAGUCGUUCGUAUAACAUUCAUCACUUGCUGUAACUUCUCUGGUGACUUUAUAUUGAGACAAAACUUAUAGUUAUGCAUUGUCGACCUAUGUCGGAGAAAUGGAUAGACUUUAAGAGCUUUUAGAGUACGCGGAGGUUAUUUGGCCUGACGAAUGAAAAUAAUUGUUUAAAAGAAUCUGUUUCUAGGUUUAGGUAAAGAACGCUUGGAGACGUUUUUCAACUAUACGCUUUUUGCACAGAAAUUCAAUUUAACCGAUUAAAUUACAAUAGCUCAGUCUUUCCCUGUUGUGCAGAUGCAUAGCUCGGUAUGCACGAGGAUGUAUGAUUCCUUUAUUUCAUCAACUUCUGAAUUUCUUGUAUACUCGCAUUGAGAAUAAAACGUUUCUAAACAACACAGGAGAUUCAGGUGUAGGUGUACUUAAUAUCCUCAUCAUCAAGUUUCAAGUCGUGGUUCCAUGAUUACAGUUUAUUCAUUUGCCAAACACUCCUUAGAAAUGAAAUGAAACGUCACUCAUAAUAUAAGCCCUGAAACUCACU